CCAUGAUGACGGAAGUGACAGAAAGAAGAUCCACGCAGUUUCUGUUGUUUUGAAAGGUGAAAUUCAGAUUCAUGGUUCGCAGUGCAAAUUACGGAGGUAAAUAGUUUUAAGAGCUUCGGUGAUUCCGAUUCGUUUGUCACCGGUGGCCAUUCCGAUGCAAAGUGCACCACGAUGAUAGAAAACCUGUCCAAGAAGCGCAUGGUGUUUGGAAUUAGUUGUUUGAUUCUAUUGACCAUCGUGGUCCUGAUCAUCGAGUCUAAAUGGAUGAAGGCCGGAACGCGGCGGCAGCAAGAGUUUGUGAUUGAAAACAAUUCCACCUGCUGGGUGCGGGAGUCGUACGAGGUUAUCAAGGAUUGUCAUCCGUGCACGGCGUUCGAAAUCGCCAGCAAGUCGCAGGGCGUUUGUGUCCACACCCAGAACAAGGAAGUACUCAAGUGCCUGAGCGGGGAGAUUGUGACGCGGAGUUGUGACCGGGUGGCCUGGCUGGACGAGAAACGCUUUUGGUCGUUCCAGAUAAGCUUGACGAUUGUGGGUUGUUUGGCCACGGCGAUUUCGUUCCUGCGUCAAAAGUCCCUCAAUCGGAGGGCUAUGCUCAAGAUCCAGAACCAGCUGGGAACCUGUUAG